AGGCUGUUUUUCCAUCCUCUCUCUCUCUCUCUCUCUCCUUUUGUGUUUUUACUUUACCAUUUUUUUUUUUUCCUUUCUCUUUCUCUUUCUCUUUGAAAAUUCUUGCUUUCUUCUUGUUUGGGUUUCUUGGUCUGCAAUUAAGUUUUAGUGAAUAUGGCGGUUUCACGAACUAGCUCUUCAAGCUUGGAGUUGACCAUUUCUGUUCCAGGCUUCUCUCCAUCCCCUUCUCUUCCUUCCUCCGGGAGGAAUUUGGACAUAAACCAAGUACCAACAACAGGUGGUGAAGCAGAUCAUGAAGAAUGGAUGAGAGCGGGAAGCAUGGAAUUAGAAGAUGAAGAAAUCUGCAUUAUUAAUGGCUCCUCUGCUGCCUCUGGUGGACCUCCCCGCAAGAAACUCCGUCUGACCAAAGAACAAUCUCGUCUCCUCGAAGAGAGCUUUAGACAACAACACACCUUAAACCCUAAACAGAAAGAGGCUUUGGCGUUGCAGUUAAAGUUGAAGCCACGCCAAGUUGAAGUUUGGUUUCAGAACCGUAGAGCCAGGAGCAAGCUGAAACAGACAGAGAUGGAAUGCGAGUACUUAAAGAGAUGGUUUGGAUCGCUAAGUGAACAAAACAGGAGGCUGCAAAGGGAGGUGGAGGAGCUGAGGGCAAUGAAAGUGGGGCCGCCGACGGUGAUAUCGCCGCACAGCUGCGAGCCACUACCAGCGUCGACCCUCACGAUGUGCCCGCGUUGUGAACGUGUCACCACCACCGCCACCACCACCACCAUUGACAAGGGUCCUACCAAAAACACUGCCGCAACCUUGUCCUCUAAAGUGCCAACUCCUGCCCUUUAAUCCCGCCAUAUCUUAAUUAAUUCAUCUCUCUCUCUCUCUCUCUCUCUCUCUAUAUAUAUAUAUAUAUAUAUAAGUGUAAUGCUUUUAAGGAAAAAUGGACCCAAAAAAAAAAAUGGAAAAAACAAAAAAAAGUUGGAAUCAGAAAUGUUUAUAUUAGCAGUAAAUUAAUAUAUUCAACGUGUUUGGGUGAUUCUCAAAGUAA